AUGGCUGGUUCCAUGCUAAAGUAUGUUAAAAAAUCUAAACCUUCUCCACCUGAUGAAUCGGUAGAGGAAGAGAAUAAUAAAAGUAGCAAAGAAGCUACUGGGUUUGAUCAUGAUCAAGCUGAAAACAGUGGUGAACAUAGCAACGAACAUGAGUUUGAUGAGAAUGAGAAUGAAGAGGAUAAAGAGUUUGGUGUUAAGGAGUAUCAGAUAGAUGGAGAUAUAAAUGAUCCUGGAAGUUGGGAAAAAGUUGAUAAAAGAAUGAGAGAUUUUCUGGUUGAAAAAGGUCCAAUGGCAAGACCUUCAAUUGAUUAUCACUUUCCAAGAGAUCAUCUAGGCAGGCAAGACAAACUUACGAAUUUGUUGGCAACUACUGGGUCUGAUGAUUGGAGAAAUGUCUCGAAACUGCUUAAGGAACAUGAAAAAGGUCAUAAGCAUAUCACAUGCAUGAUUCAAUGGUUGGAGUUGGAAGAGAGAUUACAGAAGAAUCAGACAAUUGAUAAGCAUAUUCAAGAAGAGCUCAACAAAGAGAAAAAACACUGGAGAGAUGUGUUGCUGAGGAUAAUUGCAUUGGUAAAAGGUCUUGCUAAACAAAAUGUUGCAUUUCGUGGAAGUAGUGAUAAGAUCUAUGUAGAUGGUAAUGGGAAUUUCUUGGGCAUGGUUGAAGUAUUUGCAGAUUUUGAUCCAGUGAUGAAAGAGCAUGUUAGAAGGAUCGAGAAGCAUGAAACUCAUUAUCAUUAUCUCAGUCAUAGGAUUCAGAAUGAGUUGAUUGAUAUGCUUGGGAAUGAGAUCAAACAAAUGAUCUUAAAGAAGAUUUGGUAUGCGAAGUAUUUUUCAGUUAUUCUUGACACCACUCCUGAUAUCAGUCAUCGGGAACAAAUGUCCAUGGUUAUUCGAUGUGUGGAUAUUUCUGAGACUUCUCCAAAGAUUGAAGAAUUUUUUUUAACAUUUUUGGAAGUGAAAGACAAAACAGGAGAAGGGCUUUUUGACGCCCUUCAAGAUGCGUUGCAUAGUCUUGGGCUCAGCAUAGAUGACAUUAGAGGACAAGGUUAUGAUAAUGGAUCAAACAUGAAAGGGAAAGUUAAAGGAGUACAAAACAGGUUGCUUGAAAUUAAUCCCAGGGCUGCCUACACACCAUGUGGUUGUCAUAGUCUGAAUCUUGUACUUUCUGAUAUCGCUUCCUCCUCAUCGAUAGCAAUAUCAUUUUUUGGAAUUAUUCAGCGCAUCUAUUGUUUGUUUGCUUCUUCUACAAACAAUUGUGACGUUUUCAGAGAGAUUGUGAAUGGUGUUACGGCUCCACAAAUACGAGAGGCUUUGAUUUACUUGGCUGAAAACAGUGCAAAUCCAGGAACAAAAAGUGAAGCCGAGUCUCUUGCAAUGAGUGAAACUUAUGGGAUUGGAAGCUUUGAGUUUUUGAUUGGAAUGAUUAUUUGGUAUGAGCUUUUGUUUGUUGUUAACAAAGUAAGCAAGAUCCUACAGUCAAAAGAUAUGGAUAUUGAUAUUGCUAUUGCUCAAGUGAAAGGUCUGAUUUCUUUUUUUAAAGACUAUAGAGAAACAGGUUUCCAAGCAGCAAAAGUAGAAGCUGAAAAGAUUGCUAUUGCUAUGGAAAUUGAUCAUGUGUUCUCUGUGAAAGUAAAGCGGUUCAUUAAAAAGAAGCAAUAUCAUGAUGAAGAGCCUAGAAAAGAUGAUGAAGAUGUGAUAUUUACAGCGGAAGAAAACUCCAGGAUCAAUUACUUCAUCAAAAUUGUGGAUCAGAGUUUGGUUUCUUUCGAAAAAAGGUUUGAUCAGCUCCAAAGUUAUGAAAAAACUUUUGGAUUUUUGUUUGAUCUGAAGAAGCUGCAGUUGACAAAUGAUGAUGAACUGAUGGUUUCUUGUGUCAACCUUGAAGUUUUUCUCAAGCAUGGUGAUCGUUCUGAUAUUGAUGGUAAUGAAUUAUUUAUGGAGUUGAAGCUCUUAAGAGGGAGUUUACCAACAAAUAUUCAGAAUGCAGCUGAGAUAUUAGAUUUUCUUAAGAAGGUGGAUACUUGUUAUCCAAACACAUGGACUGCAUAUCGUAUAAUGAUGACAAUUCCUGUGUCAGUUGCAUCGGCAGAAAGAAGUUUUUCGAAGUUAAAACUCAUAAAAUCCUAUCUACGAUCAUGUAUGUCACAAGAGAGAUUAAAUGGUUUGGCGAUCAUAUCGAUUGAAAGGAAGAUGGCUAAAAAAUUGGACUACACAAGUUUGAUGAAUGAGUUCGCUAAUAAGACUGCAAGAAGAAUUAUUUUUGAAGAAUAA